UAUUUUCUCCGAAGUUCACAGGGGGAAGGGUGUUAUUACAGUUACAGUUGCAUUUAGAGCUUUUUGUGCCUAAUUCCUAUUCAUUUUAUUUUGCCCACAAAGGCACAGCAAACAAUGGGCGGACAUCACGGAGAACCCUACAAGGUGCCAAAUCCAUCGAUCUACAAGGUGGAAAACGUACCACAGCUGGUGGAAGUGAAAGAAGCUCUGGCUCGCCAGGGAUUGAGUGAUCCAUGGCUGAGGAAUGAAGCCUGGCGCUACGAGAAGAAGGCCUUCGGCACCCACAGAUCUCGUCUGAACGCCUUUCUCUUCCGCGGUCUCGGCGUUGGCUUUUGCGCCUUUCUUGCGACCAUCGCCGUCGAGUACGGUCUGGGCAUUGGCAAGGGCCAGGGCGGCCAUGGGCACGGUCACGACGACAAAGGCCACCAUUAGUGAAAUUAAAUAAACAUGUGUUACACUCUGAAUUAAUUUUAUUCGCAGUUCAUACUGUCGAUUAACUCCAAACUAAAACAAGCCUCCAAUCAAUUGA